GCGAGCAAGGAAGACGAGCCGCGCGCGAAGGUUCGCGGGUUGGGAUCCCGAGAUCAAGGUGGAGAACGGGAGGCGAGGAAGGCUAUCGUCGGGAGGAGAAUGGAUAUAGCGAGGAUGGGGAGCGGGAGCGGGAGCGGGAGCGUGAGGCGGACGGCGUCGUCGUGGAGGGGGACGUCGGGGAGGAGCGACGCGUUCGGGAGGUCGGUGAGGGAGGAGGACGACGAGGAGGCGCUCAGGUGGGCGGCGAUCGAGAAGCUGCCGACGUACGACCGGAUGCGGAAGGGGAUCCUCACGGCCGCGGCGGCGGGCGGCGGAGGCGUCGGGCACGUGGAGGAGGUGGACAUCCAGGGGCUCGGGAUGCAGGAGAGGAGGAACCUCAUCGAGCGCCUCGUCCGCACCGCCGAGGAGGACAACGAGAGGUUCCUCCUCAAGCUCCGCGACCGGAUGGAGCGAGUUGGGAUCGACAACCCGACAAUCGAGGUGAGGUUUGAGAAACUUAGCAUCGAUGCAGAGGCAUAUGUUGGCAACCGGGGAAUCCCAACGUUCACCAACUUCUUCUCCAACAAAGUCAUGGAUGCGUUGAGUGCCAUGCGAAUCGUCGCAAGUGGGAAGAGACCUAUCUCCAUCCUUCACGACAUCAGUGGAAUCAUAAGACCCGGCAGAAUGACUCUGUUGCUUGGACCUCCUGGUUCCGGAAAAACCAGCCUGCUCCUAGCUUUGUCAGGGAAACUGGACUCAACACUGAAGGUAUCAGGGAGAGUGACUUACAAUGGGCAUGACAUGGAUGAAUUUGUCCCUCAGAGGACGUCAGCUUACAUCGGUCAGCAUGAUCUUCACAUCGGCGAAAUGACGGUGAGGGAGACACUGGCCUUCUCGGCAAGAUGUCAAGGAGUUGGAACUCGUUACGACAUGCUUACUGAACUUUCAAGAAGGGAGAAAGAAGCCAAUAUUAAGCCAGAUCCUGAUAUUGAUGUUUACAUGAAGGCCAUCUCUGUGGAAGGUCAGGAAAGCGUGGUGACAGAUUACAUCCUCAAAAUUCUGGGUCUGGAAAUCUGCGCUGAUACAAUGGUUGGAGACGCUAUGAUCAGAGGCAUCUCAGGGGGGCAGAAGAAACGUGUCACAACUGGUGAGAUGCUGGUUGGCCCAGCAAAAGCUCUGUUCAUGGAUGAGAUCUCCACCGGUUUGGACAGCUCCACAACGUACCAGAUCGUCAACUCCCUCAGACAAUCCGUCCACAUCUUAGGAGGAACCGCGCUCAUCGCGUUGCUCCAGCCUGCACCCGAGACUUAUGACCUCUUUGAUGACAUUGUUCUCCUCUCCGAGGGCCAGAUUGUGUACCAGGGACCUCGAGAGAACAUCCUCGAGUUCUUCGAGGCGAUGGGCUUCAAAUGUCCAGAGAGGAAAGGUGUUGCAGACUUCUUGCAAGAAGUUACAUCGAGGAAGGAUCAGCAUCAGUACUGGUGCCGUGGAGAUGAGCCAUACCGGUACAUCUCGGUGAACAAAUUUUCAGAGGCCUUCAAGGAAUUCCAUGUUGGGAGCAAGCUGGGAUCAGAGCUCAGGGUGCCCUUCGACCGAAGCAGGAACCAUCCUGCUGCUCUCACGACAUCCAAGUAUGGCAUCAGCAAGAUGGAGCUUACCAAGGCAUGCUUCUCGAGGGAGUGGCUGCUGAUGAAGAGGAACUCAUUUGUUUACAUCUUUAAAGUUCUCCAGCUCAUAAUCCUUGGAAGCAUCGGAAUGACGGUGUUUCUUCGUACAAAGAUGCAUCGACGCAGCGUUGAAGAUGGCGCGAUCUUCCUGGGUGCUAUGUUCCUUGGCUUGGUCACACAUCUGUUCAAUGGAUUUGCCGAGCUCGCCAUGAGCAUUGCGAAGCUGCCGAUAUUCUAUAAGCAGAGGGACCUACUCUUCUAUCCAUCAUGGGCAUAUGCAUUGCCUACAUGGGUGCUCAAAAUCCCAAUAUCAUUCCUGGAAUGUGCUGUGUGGGUCUGCAUGACAUACUAUGUGAUGGGCUUCGAUCCAAACGCAGAGAGAUUCUUCCGCCAUUAUUUGCUGCUGGUGUUGAUCAGCCAGAUGGCAUCUGGUCUCUUCCGGCUUCUCGCUGCGUUAGGAAGAGAGAUGGUUGUUGCAGACACGUUUGGAUCGUUUGCUCAGCUUAUUCUUCUGGUUCUUGGUGGUUUCUUGAUAGCCAGAGAUAACAUCAAGAAAUGGUGGAUUUGGGGCUACUGGUCCUCUCCUCUGAUGUAUGCUCAGAAUGCCAUAGCAGUUAAUGAGUUCCUUGGCAACAGCUGGAACAAGAUUGUUGAUCCGACACAAAGCAACGACACGCUUGGAGUCCAGGUCCUUAAGGUACGUGGCAUCUUUGUUGACGCAAACUGGUACUGGAUCGGCGUUGGCGCAUUACUUGGAUACAUCAUGCUCUUCAACAUCCUCUUCAUUCUGUUCCUCGACUGGCUUGACCCACUCGGAAAAGGUCAGGCUGUUGUUUCUGAAGAGGAAUUGAAGGAAAAGCAUGUAAACCGUACCGGAGAAAAUGUCGAGCUGCAGGCCCUCAGAACAGAUGCCCAGAAUUCACCUUCUGAUGAAAGAGGAGAGAUUACCGGAGCUGACACCAGGAAGAGGGGAAUGGUACUUCCAUUUAUUCCUCUGUCGAUCACCUUCGACAAUAUCAGAUACUCUGUGGAUAUGCCUCAGGAAAUGAAAGAGAAAGGUAUUACUGAAGACCGGCUACUACUGCUGAAAGGUGUAAGCGGAGCUUUCAGGCCAGGAGUCCUUACAGCACUGAUGGGUGUUAGCGGAGCUGGUAAAACAACUCUAAUGGAUGUGCUGGCUGGAAGGAAGACAGGCGGUUACAUUGAAGGAGACAUCUCCAUCUCUGGAUACCCAAAGAAGCAAGAGACAUUUGCUCGGAUUGCUGGUUACUGUGAGCAGAAUGAUAUCCACUCUCCACAUGUCACUGUUUACGAGUCGCUUCUGUACUCAGCAUGGCUCCGAUUGCCCUCUGAAGUAGACUUGGAAGCAAGAAAGAUGUUUGUGGAAGAAGUCAUGGAGCUUGUUGAGCUGACAUCACUGAGGGGAGCACUGGUGGGACUGCCAGGAGUGAAUGGUUUAUCCACCGAACAGCGGAAGAGGCUCACUAUUGCUGUUGAGCUUGUUGCCAACCCAUCCAUCAUAUUCAUGGAUGAACCGACUUCAGGACUAGAUGCAAGGGCAGCUGCAAUCGUGAUGAGAACGGUUAGAAACACAGUAGACACAGGAAGAACUGUUGUCUGCACAAUUCACCAGCCCAGCAUUGACAUAUUCGAAGCUUUUGAUGAGCUGUUUCUGAUGAAACGAGGAGGUGAAGAAAUAUAUGUGGGACCCCUGGGACACAACUCAUGCCAUCUCAUCGAUUACUUUGAGGGUAUAGAAGGAGUGAGGAAAAUCAAGGAUGGUUACAAUCCUGCAACUUGGAUGUUAGAGGUUACCACCCUAGCCCAAGAAGAUAUCCUUGGGAUCAACUUUGCUGAAGUAUACAGGAAUUCUGAUCUAUACCGGAGGAAUAAAACCUUGAUCAGUGAAUUAAGCACACCUCCACCUGGAUCAACGGACCUAUACUUCCCAACUCAAUUUUCACAGUCGUUCUUCACACAGUGCAUGGCUUGCCUGUGGAAGCAGCAUAAGUCAUACUGGAGAAAUCCAUCAUAUACAGCAACUAGAAUCUUCUUCACAACAGUUAUAGCGCUCAUUUUUGGCACUAUAUUCUUGAACCUAGGCAAGAAAAUAAACAAGAGACAGGAUCUGUUCAACUCUUUGGGAUCCAUGUAUGCAGCAGUGCUUUUCAUUGGAAUUCAAAAUGGCCAAACCGUCCAACCAAUUGUAGAUGUUGAGCGAACAGUGUUCUACCGAGAAAAGGCUGCUGGAAUGUACUCUGCUCUACCAUAUGCAUUUGCACAGGUUCUUAUUGAGAUACCACACAUCUUUCUCCAGACUGUCGUGUAUGGCCUGAUUGUCUACAGCCUGAUUGGCUUUGACUGGACAGUUCAGAAAUUCUUCUGGUACAUGUUUUUCAUGUUCUUCACCUUCAUGUACUUCACAUUCUAUGGGAUGAUGGCAGUCGCCAUGACACCAAACAGCGACAUUGCUGCCAUAGUAUCUACUGCAUUCUAUUGCAUAUGGAAUAUCUUUGCCGGCUUCUUAAUCCCUCGACCAAAAAUACCAAUAUGGUGGAGGUGGUAUUCCUGGGCAUGCCCAGUUGCGUGGACACUGUACGGACUUGUUGCCUCACAAUAUGGUGAUAUCAGAUACUCUACGCUGGAGGAUGGGGAAGUGGUACAGGAUUACAUCAGACGAUACUUUGGGUUCAGGCAUGACUACUUAGGUUAUGUAGCUACUGCUGUUGUUGGGUUCGCUGCUCUCUUCGCUUUCGUCUUUGCCUUCUCCAUCAAAGUCUUCAAUUUCCAAAGAAGAUAAGAGCACCAUCUUCAUCCUGAUUCAGCUUUGCAUGAGUUUGCUGUUGAGUAUUAACACACAGCACUGUAAAUGAGGAGAGAAUAUAUUCAGUAAUUGUUUCAUUCUUAGGCAAUUAACAUCUCUAUCUGUUCAGCUUGGCUUGUAUCAAACAGAUAAGGUGCCUGUAUGUAAACUGUAAAGAAAGAAAUGCAUGGUUCCAUUAUGUAAAUUUUCCAACGAUAUUGUUAAGCUUUUGUUCAA